AUGGCGCAAGUGGAUGACAAGCUCAAGGACUACGAGAUCAGGAAGGAGGGAGAGGCAGAGAUCCUCUUGCACAAGAGGAACGCCGUCUUUUACAAUCCCGUGCAGUUUCUGUGGAAAUCAAUUAGUGAUCAAGUUGUCCACUCCAAGUUUACCUCAUUCUACGGCUUUGGCUGCUACUUUGAGUUCACGAUCUCUCGGUAUGCCCGUGAAGUUGAGGGCUUAGGAAAGGUAGUUGCUCUGGACAAUGAUAAAGCUUCUGUCGAAGAUUGCAAGCGAAACAUAAAGUUUAAUGGCGCUUCCGCUACUAGUGAGGUGGAAGCUUACUUGGUUGAUGCUCGAAUUCACAUGCUGAUGCAUCCAAAAGAAUUUGAUGUGGUUGAUCUGGACCCUUAUGGAUCACCAUCUAUAUUUCUCGACUCAGCUGUACAGGCUGUUGCUGAUGGUGGUUUAUUGAUGUGCACUGCCACUGAUAUGGCAGUUCUUUGUGGUACCAAUGGAGAAGUUUGUUACUCGAAAUAUGGUUCAUUCCCAACCAAGGGCAAGUAUUGCCACGAAAUGGCUUUGAGAAUCCUCCUUGCCAGUAUUGAGGUACAUAGUUCUGCAAGUGAAAUAAAGAAUACACCUCUUAAACUUUCUUACAUAUAUCAGUGUGUUGGCUGUGACUCUUUCCAUCUUCAAUGUCUUGCGAGGACUGUUCCGAAGAAGAAUAAUGGUGUGAAGCAUGUACCUGCUAUUGGACCUGUUGUUCCUCAAGAGUGCAGUGAUUGUGGAAAGAAAUUUAAUGUAGGUGGGCCAAUAUGGUCAGCUCCUAUUCAUGAUCAAGACUGGGAGUUACAUGACAUUCCAUUGUUCUUCAGUCUCCAUAACAUAGCAGGCACUGUUAAGUGCACAUCUCCAUCUUUGGUUAUGUUUCGGUCUGCAGUUCUAAAUGCAGGGUAUCGGAUCUCAAGCACCCAUGUUAACCCACUUGGGGUUAAAUCUGAUGCCCCUUGGGAUGUUAUUUGGGACAUCAUGCGCUGCUGGGUGAAGAAUCAUCCUAUUAAGGAACAGCCACGUGACACACCUGGCACGGCGAUCCUUUCGAAAUCACCAAAGCUAGAAGCAAAUUUUUCAAGAGCAGUUGCUGCCCUCAGCAAGGCUCGGGCAAAGAAGAUUAAACGAUUUCUUCCAAACCCAGAACGGCACUGGGGUCCGAAGGUCAGAGCAGGCCGGAAGAUCACGAGCAAACAUGUCUCUCUGUUGGGCCCUGAGGCUAUCAAUGGUGCUGUGAAUGGUGGUGGUGACUGCCACAAAGAAGGAAACGGUGCUGCUGCGCCAGAUAAUACAGCCCCAGAACCGGAGGGGAUCAAAGAGGUAGUUGAGAAUGAACCCUCAAUCAAACGCCAGAAAACCAGCGACGAACCAGCAAGUGAACCUUGA